CGCUGCAGACGGAGCUGCAGGUCUUGUCUUCCCUAAUCUAUGUCCUCUGCUCCUAGAGGCCCAGCCUCUGUGGCCCUGUGACCUGCAGGUAUUGGGAGAUCCCCAGCUAAGACGCCAGGUCCCCCUGGAAGCCUAGAAAUGGGACCACUGACAUUUAGGGAUGUGACUGUAGAAUUCUCUCUGGAGGAGUGGCAAUGCCUGGACACUGCACAGCAGAAUUUAUAUAGGGAUGUGAUGUUAGAGAACUACAGAAACCUGGUCUUCCUGGGUAUUGCUGUCUCUAAGCCUGACCUAGUCACCUGUCUGGAGCAAGGAAAAGAGCCCUGGAAUAUGAAGAGACAUGAGAUGGUAGCCAAAACCCCAGUUAUGUGUUCUCAUAUUGCUGAAGACCUUUGGCCAGAGCGAGACAUUAAAGAUUUUUUCCAAAAAGUCAUACUGAGGAGAUAUGAUAAAUGUGGACGUGAUAAUUUACAAUUAAGAUUAGGCUGUAAAAGUGUGGAUGAGUGUAAGGUGUGCAAAGGAGAUUGUAAUAGACUUAACCAAUGUCUGACAACAACCCAGAGGAAAAUAUAUCAAUGUGAUGAAUAUGAGAAAGUCUUUUAUAAAUUUUCAAAUGUAGAUAGACAUAAGAUAAGACAUACUGAAAAGAAAAUUUGCAAAUGUAGAGAAUGUGGUAAAUCAUUUUGCAUGCUUUCACAACUAACUCAACAUAAGAGAAUUCAUACUAGAGAGAAUUCCCACAAAUGUGAAGAAUGUGGCAAAGCCUUUAACAAGUCCUCAGCCCUUACUAAACAUAAGAUAAUUCAUACUGGAGAGAAGCCCUACAAAUGUGAAGAGUGUGGCAAUGCUUUUAACCGGUCCUCAGCCCUUUCUCGACAUAAGAGGAUUCAUACUGGAGAGAAACCCCACAAAUGUGAAGAGUGUGGCAAAGCCUUUAACAGGUUUUCACACCUUACUCGACAUAAGAUAAUUCAUACUAGAGAAAAACCCUACAAAUGUGAAGAAUGUGGCAAAGCCUUUAACUGGUCUUCACACCUUACUGAACAUAAGAGAAUUCAUACUAGAGAGAAGCCCUACAAAUGUGAUGAAUGUUGCAAAGCCUUUAACUGGUCUUCAGCUCUUACUACCCUUACUCAACAUAAGAUAAUUCAUACUAGAGAGAAACCCUACAAAUGUGAAGAGUGUGGCCAAGCCUUUAACCGGUCCUCAGCCCUUACUGGACAUAAGAUGAGUCAUACUGGAGAGAAACCCUACAAACAUGAAGAGUGUGGAAAAGCUUUUAACCGGUCUUCACACCUUACUCAACAUAAGAUGAUUCAUAAUAGAGAGAAACCCUACACAUGUGAACAGUGUGGCAAAACUUUUAACCAGUCUUCAUACCUUAUUCCACAUAAGAUAAUUCAUAUUAGAGAGAAACCCUACAAGUGUGAUGAGUGUGGCAAAACCUUUAACCGGUCUUCACACCUUACUCAACAUAAGAUAAUUCAUACUGGAGAGAAACCCUACAAAUGUGAAGAAUGUGGUAAACCUUUUAAUCGUUUAUCAAACCUUACCGUACAUAAGAGAAUUCAUGCUCAAGAACCCCAACGAAAAAUCCUAAAGUGUGAAGAAUGUCACAAAGCCCUUAACAAGUCCUCAAUUAUUAACAGAUAUAAGAUGUUUCAUACUGGAGCAAAACUCUACAAUCCUGAAUGUCACAGUGCUUUUAAUAACACCUCAAACUUUUCUAAACAUUAA